UUCCGACAAUGAUAUUCAAGGCACUUGCGGCUCGUCUGCAGCGGUAGGAGAAAAAAGAGAGGAGAAAGAGAGAACCUCACCUCCUCAAACAGCGAGUGAGGUUGAGCAAAAGAGACAGAAAGCGCCAGAGAGAGACCGAGAGGAAGAGAAGAGGCUGUGUGGAGUUUAAGGAGAGACACCAGCGGCUUGGACCUCCAGCGAGGAGUGUUUAAUUCAUUGUAAAGUGUCUAAUAUCCACACAGAAUCGACAUGUCAUCGUCCGGUAAAGACAACAGCGGUGCCCAACAUGCCAAUUACGUGGGACCUUACCGUUUGGAGAAGACGCUCGGGAAAGGACAGACAGGGUUGGUCAAGCUGGGAAUCCACUGUGUAACAUGCCAGAAAGUCGCCAUAAAGAUUGUCAACCGUGAGAAACUCAGCGAGUCAGUAUUAAUGAAGGUGGAGCGGGAAAUAGCUAUUCUGAAGCUCAUAGAACACCCACAUGUGUUGAAGCUACAUGACGUCUACGAAAAUAAAAAAUACUUGUACCUUGUGCUAGAACAUGUGUCUGGUGGUGAGCUGUUUGACUACCUGGUGAAGAAAGGCAGGUUAACACCUAAAGAGGCAAGGAAAUUCUUCAGACAGAUCAUGUCUGCCCUGGAUUUUUGCCACAGUCAUUCCAUAUGCCACAGGGAUCUGAAGCCGGAGAACCUGUUGCUAGAUGAGAAGAACAACAUCAGGAUAGCAGACUUCGGCAUGGCCUCCCUUCAGGUUGGAGACAGUCUGCUGGAAACCAGCUGCGGAUCUCCACACUACGCCUGUCCAGAAGUCAUCAGGGGAGAGAAGUAUGAUGGGAGGAAAGCAGACGUCUGGAGCUGUGGGGUCAUCCUUUUUGCCCUGUUGGUGGGUGCCCUGCCGUUUGAUGAUGACAACCUGAGGAAUCUGCUAGAGAAGGUGAAGCUGGGAGUGUUUCACAUGCCACACUUCAUCCCUCCAGACUGUCAGAACCUCCUCCGUGGCAUGAUUGAAGUGGAUGCCACCAAAAGACUAACGUUAGAACAGAUCCAGAAGCACACAUGGUACAUUGCGGGGAAGAACGAACCGGAGCCGGAGCAGCCUGUGCCGAGGAAGGUGACCAUCCGCAGCCUGCCCUCUGCAGACGACAUCGACCCAGACGUCCUGGACAGCAUGCACUCCCUGGGCUGCUUCAGAGACAAGAACAAGCUGCUGAAAGACCUGCUGUCAGACGAAGACAACCAAGAAAAGAUGAUCUACUUCCUGUUACUGGAUCGAAAGGAAAGGUAUCCCAGUCAGGAGGACCAGAACCUUCCACCUCGCAACGAGAUAGAUCCCCCAAAGAAGCGGGUGGACUCUCCCAUGUUGAACCGUCAUGGCAAGCGGAGACCAGAGAGGAAGUCCAUGGAGGUCCUCAGUGUCACCGACGGGGGCUCGCCUGUACCGGCAAGGAGGGCCAUCGACAUGACACAGCACGGACAGAGGUACGCCUGGAGUAAAUCAGUGUACAGUAAAAGCUUGGAAAUUCGUGAUGGCGGUACAAAAUGCAGCAAUGACGAAAGGUCGCGGUCGAUCAGUGGAGCCUCCUCCGGCCUCUCCACCAGCCCCCUCAGCAGCCCACGGGUUACCCCUCAUCCCUCCCCUCGAGGUAGCCCCCUCCCCACCCCAAAGGGCACCCCGGUGCACACUCCCAAGGACAGCCCAGCCGGGACCCCCAAUCCGACGCCGCCCCCCAGCCCGUCCAUCGGAGGCAUGCCUUGGAGGACGCGCCUCAACUCCAUCAAGAACAGCUUCCUGGGAUCGCCACGCUUCCACCGCAGGAAACUACAAGUUCCCACACAAGAGGAGAUGUCCAGCCUCACACCAGAGUCUUCCCCAGAACUUGCCAAAAAAUCAUGGUUUGGUAACUUCAUCAACCUGGAAAAAGAGGAGCAGAUCUUCAUCGUCAUCAGAGACAAGCCUCUCAGCUCCAUCAAGGCAGACAUCGUUCAAGCCUUUCUCUCGAUCCCCAGCCUCAGCCACAGCGUCAUCUCUCAGACAAGUUUCCGGGCAGAGUACAAGUCCACAGCCGGCCCUACAGUCUUCCAGAAGCCAGUCAAAUUCCAGGUGGAUAUCACCUACACGGAGAGCACAGCUGCCACUAAGGAGAACGGCAUUUACUCUGUCACCUUCACCCUGCUCUCAGGUCCCAGCCGGCGCUUUAAGCGAGUAGUGGAGACGAUUCAGAGCCAGUUGUUAAGCACGCAUGACCAGCCAGGGGUCCAACAGCUGUCUGACGAGAAGAACGGACAGGUGCCCUACCCUUCUGGCACGCCCACCAAGCACUGUCCCUCGCCCAUGCACGUCCGGAGGCACGAGCCAGAAAGUAAUGACACCAAAAGCCCCUCCGCGGGCCGAGACAGGGCCAAGUUGUCCGUGGCAACUGUGGGGUCACAGGAGGAGUCUUAGACCGAGCCUGUGCUAAGACCCCCUCCUCCGAAAAUCUGUACAUAGCUAGAUGUACAUAAUCAUAUAUGUUUUUGUAUAAAAUGACUUUAUAUAGAUAGAAAUAUAUGAAGAGAAAUAUUUUACGAACUGCACCUACAUAACACACACACUUCUCAUCACCCCUCAGCGUGCACCAUCAUCAUCCACCCCCCCCAGCCAUCUUAUCUCUUGUUUUUUGCUGCUAACCUGUGUGAUGACCCUGACUUGUUUCUGAUACCAGGAAUUAUCCAGAAAACCUAUUAAGCCCCUCCUCCGUCUCCCUGUUCCGUUUGAGCCUCACCUCUGCCAACCUCCACCCCCCCUCCCCCCCCAGAGCAUGCCAAGAGAGAGAGACAGACAAUUGUUGACGGAGGACUGCUUUUAGAGGUGCGCUGCAAAAAAGAUGGGGGGGUGGUUACCAUGGAAACAUACCCUUCAUCAUGCAGACUUCUACCUUCAUCUCCUCUCUGCGCCCCUUCUCCACCUUUGGCAGCCAUCAGUAGAUGUAGAGGAAAAAUAGUGUUCCCCCAUUUUAGGAACACACAAACACAUACACACAUGUGCACAACUAAUCCACGCUAAUCCACAUGAAAGAGUAACGCACCCCCCCCCCCCGCAACGACCGGACCCCCCUUUCCACUCAAGGAGCAUUCAUCGUUGGAAUGACACUACUCACACACAUGAACAUGCAUACAUGCACAGGUCCAGUAUGCACAGACUCAAACUCUGGGAUGUUACUAACACGAACAAAAAGAAGACUGAUUCAGAGGAGGAGAGAAGGGGGAGGAGUUUUGUGGAACUCCCAAACAAGCCGACGCGGAUGCUUGCUGGAUUGUAUUUGUUUGCUUUUUAAUGUACUUUCUUUGUGAAGAACUGGGUUUAAACUGACUUUAUUAGACUUAGUAACAUUGCUGCAAAUGGACUGGAAUUGUGAUUUCAGAGAGGAGUUGGGUGUGAGAAGAAAUGGGAAGAGGGGGAGAUAUGAUAGUAUAGGGUAGGGGGGAGGGACGCGGGUGGGUAUUUGGGUAUUUAAAAUGAAUGAUCUAUUCUGUUGUACAGACUGAUAUCAUUUCUUAUGUAUACAAAAUGAAAUGUCUAGUUGUGACACUAUGUUUAGAUACCAUAGGGUCAGGUUGGUAAACCUGCCCCUGCCACUUAAUGUUCUUUUAAAUUCUUCUGUGUAUUUAUGUUACAUGAUCAUUUAUGUCUUUGUUUGAUUGACCUAAUAAUGAUCCAAACAUUCCUGUUUGUGUUGUCUGCAACACUCUGUCUUUGGUUUUCCAUCCAUACCUCUCUCUCAGUCUCACUUACCAGCAGUAGGAGUAGAGGAACAAAAAAAAAAUGAUGACGUGAUAAAUGCAAUUGUGGAUAUUUUUUGUAUUUCUGUCCUUAUUUAUUCAUGUUUGUUCAUCUCACUGUUUGAUUUCCUAAUUUAUUAUAACUUGGCUAUUUAUAUGAACAAAGCUGUUAGGUCAGUUGAAUGUUAUUUAUUACCCUCUUGUGUGUUCGUAAAUGGGGCAACAUUUGAAGAAAAAAAUGAACUAUUUUUCUUUGUUUUGGUCAUUAUGUGAACAUCUAAAAGACACAAAUUCUCUUUUCCCUGACCUCUCCGUAGAGGGAAAGAGAACUUGUGGGAACUCUUGAAAAAAAUGAUUUACCAGUAAUUUAUGAAUGUAGACUUAGCCUCUUUUUGGAGAGGGAAUAUGCUCUUCUAUUGAUAUUUGUCAGUUUCAUAUUAUUGUGCGUGUAGGCCAGGCCUGAGGAGAAGGGCGCCACAGAUCUACUUCUUCUCUCUGUAAAUAUACAGACGAACCGUGGGGGUUGAUUGUCUUCUCAACCGUGCUGGGGAUUCCUGCUCUAUGCUUUAGCUUGUAUUGCUGUGUGCAUGUCAAACAUGAGCUUUUCUUUGCAUGGCUUUAGUGUUCAUGUUCCAUGCCAAACUCUCUCCUUCUCUCAGCCUUCAUUGAUUCUCUCGCCACAAAACUACCUUUUUAAAUCCCCCCCCUGUCCCUUACUUUUCACCCUUUUUGAUUGUUUGGCCUUCUUUCUUUAUUGUUUUAAUUCUUCCCUGGCUCCCACUAAUCUAUCCCUUCCUCCUCCUCCAAUCUUGUGCACAAAGUAUUUGAGCGAUGCUUCCUUGACUCUGUACCUCUGGCUGAAGGCUCGGAGGUCUGCUCUCUCUGUACCUGUUAGCAGCAGAGGCGCAGUGAGGGGAUGUCAGUACACAAACACAAAGCAAUACCCUAUCGUUCACCCUCCUUUCUGUUUUCUACAAUGGGAAGCUAGCAGCACCAAGGACAUCUGAUGAUUCUGAGGCCCAGAGCGGGCUUUGGACAGAGCAGGAACAAAACUGACUGUAAUCCCCAUAUAAAAUAACUGUGAGCAUCUUCAGUGCUAAAACAAAUAAACUCAUUAAGUUA